AUGUAUAGUAGUCCUGAUUUUCCAUCGUAUCACUUUACAGGUGGAGUAGCGAACGUUUACGCAGGGCAACCAUUGGAUACAGUCAAAGUAAAGGUACAAACAUUUCCGCAAAUGUAUACUAAUUGGGUAACUUGUCUAAGGGAUACCUAUCGGUUGGAUGGAAUUCGAGGAUUAUAUGCCGGUACUUUACCAGCCUUAGCAGCAAAUGUGGCUGAAAAUGCCGUCCUUUUCACAGCAUACGGGUACUGUCAGAAGUUAGUUGGUGUAGUCUGUGGUCACGCAGAUGUCAAAACUAUGUCACCACUCCAAAAUGCGUCUGCUGGCUCACUUGCCUCUGUAUUUGCAGCCGCUGUUUUAUGUCCUACAGAGUUAGUUAAGUGCCGUUUGCAAGCAGCUCGUGAAGUUGGCAUUUCUUGCACACCCACAUCUGUAUGUAGAGAUAUGUGGCGUGAAAGGGGUAUUCGCGGAUUCUUUAUCGGGAUGUCUCCAACGUUGGCGCGAGAGGUUCCCGGCUAUUUUUGUUUCUUUGGUGCCUACGAAGCUUCACGAUAUGUGCUAUCGAAGGAAGGGCAAGAGAAAGAUGACAUAGGACUAUUGAGAACUGCAGUUUCCGGAGCUAUAGGUGGAAUGGCGCUAUGGGCUGCGAUCUUUCCAUUUGACUCGGUGAAGUCUCGGAUGCAGGUUGCUGGAAAAGGGAAUUUCAUUCGUCUGCUGAUACAAGUGGCCAGGGAAGAAGGUGUGAUGGCACUGUAUAAGGGACUUCUGCCUACACUGAUUCGUACUUGCCUAGCAUCAGGCAGUCUAUUCGUAACGUACGAAGAGUCGAAAAAGUUGAUGCAUUCCUUAUUCUAA